GAGAGUUGUCAGAUCAACAGCUCUCUUUUCACAUUGGGAAAGGUUAUCAGCCAGCUCUCUAAACAAGCAACCUAUUCUCCACGUUGUGCAAAUCUAUCCAGUAUUACGCCUAAUACCUCGAAUGCGGGUACUAGUAAUUCAUCCAUCUUAUCCGGGGCCUGCCAAUCGAAUAGAUCUUCGAUUAUUUCGACCUAUGUAAAAAAAUCCAACCAAAAUACUAUAACUCCAUCUCCUUCGCUGGCAGUCAAGAAGUAUCCGAUCACCGGAGCUAAGUUUGCUCCUUCCCCAGCCCCAUCUUCCACUUUCUCAAUACCCUCAUCUAGGAAGCAACAUCGUCCUCGACUUCGUUUGCGCCUCGGCCAGCACAAAACCGCUGAUAGGAGUCUGUCUCCAGCCUCUGCCCCACAGCGUCAGUGUUCUUCGGCUCGUGGCGGCACCUUGGGCCGGCGCCCUGACGAUGAAUCAUACGCUAUGCUAACCAAUCAACUAACCGCCAGCGCCUGUUCUGUCUCACAUCAUAUUCAAAAACAAAAGCAAUCUGCCACAGCCGCCUCGUCGAGGCAUGGUGGGUUUGUUUCCUAUAGAGACUCUGUGCUCACCUGGUAA